AUGUCAGACGUCUACAACCAGAGUGUCAAUGACCUCACCUUUUACACUUAUCGUCAAGUGAGGGCGUUCCACAUCCUGGAAAUAUCUGCUAGUGUGCUGAGUGUUGUGACUGGGCUGAUUGCAAUACUGCUAUGGAUAAGGAUGGACCCUUCAAGAAGAGUUAUAUUCAGGUUACAACUACUAUUGACCCUGAUAAUUAGUGAUUUCUUCAAGGCCUUAUUUAUCCUUUGUUUUAGUUGCAUCAGGUUAGGUUCUUUCCAUCAAAUUGUUAAAAUGGCUCUAGAUACUCAUAGAUUCUGUGAUGGUUGGGGUUACCUAAGAGAAGUUGCCACCAUUUAUGCUGAUUUAACUAUAUUGGCUUUAACUUUCCAUAAUUCUAUAAUGAUUUUAAGACCGCAAUUUUCCAAAAUUCACCCUAAAACUCCAUUUAAUUUCAAAAAAUUGAUGAAAAGAUGUUGGUUAUAUUUCUUGUGGAAGAUUGAAUUUAAGCAGAUAUUCCAUAAAAAUGAAGAUGAUAUCGUUUAUGUUAAUGAAGGAGGUGUUUACCCCAUAAGAUGGUUUAUUGUCUUAUUUGCAGUCAUAAUUGCAUUCACUUUCCCUGCUUUAAUAUUUGUUCAUGAUGGUCAUUAUCAAUAUAAUUUCUCUUGUUCAGCUCCUCAAAUUCCUGUUUGGAAAGGUUUAUUAUCAAGUUGGAUCAUUAGAUAUAUUAAUUUGGUGACAAUAGCUAUAGUUUAUUCAACUAUAAUCAUUUAUCUCAUCAUCUAUUUCAAGAAAAUUGAAAAGACUAAAAGAACAUUAUACAAUGAUUCAAAUAAUGAUAACAACAACAACGUUUCAAAUGUUACAAACACUUUACAAAAAGAAUUAAUGACAUUGACAUCAGAAAAUAACUCUAAAAGGAGACAAGCAAUAAUGAGAGAAUUGAAAACUUUUGCAAUUUAUCCAAUUGGAUAUUGGGUAAUAUGGUUAACACCCACCAUUUCACAAAUCCAUAACUAUGUGGAUAAUGAUGAUCCUGAACCAUUCGUAUUAUUAGUAUUUGUGGCGUUCAUGGUUCCAUUAAGUUGUACAGUGGAUUGUAUCAUCUUUUUUGUCCGUGAAAAACCAUGGAAUUGUACAACAAGUGCCAUCACCAAAAGGGCAAACUUGAAUAACAUGAUGGAUCAAGAUCAAUUCAAACCGUCUUAUUAUACAAGUGUGGAGAAUACAUCACCUCCUCAUGGACAUCCACAUCCUGCUGCCUCAUUACAACAUCGUCAUACCCGUGCAUCGAUUCCAAAUCAAUUGGGAUUCAUCCAAGCUCCAGAAAUUGUGGAUUUUAAUGAUAAUUUGGAUCCGCAAGACAAAUUUAGAGAAAAUUCAAUGGCUUCCUCGAAUUUAUCCUCAAAUUUUAAAACUUUGGUUGGUUCGAAAAGACCAAGUGUUGUUGCACCAAAUUUGUCAUCUGUACAGGAUAUGGAUGGGGAUUAUAGUGUUCAUGAUAGUUCAACAACUAAUGCGGCCUCAAGUCAUGAUGAUGAUGAGGAAGUGGAGGAGGAGGAAAAUAGUGUUGAUAUGAUUGAUUUUUUGAGAGGGUAUUGA